AUGGAAAAACGAAAAGGACCACCUCCGUGCCAAUCACAGCAAGGGUGUUCGAAUGCUGCGAAGAUUCGGAAAGCCAAAGACGGAGAACAGUUGUGCGGCGCGUGCUUCACGAGGAACUUCGAAGAUGACGUGCACGAAACCAUUGUGAAGAACAAUCUUUUCAAGGUUCGUCUGAGAAAACUUCAUGUUUACAAUCCACGAAUGUUCAGAAAGGGGAACGCGUGGCGAUUGGGGCCUCAGGCGGAAAGGAUUCGACCGUUUUAGCCUUCGUAAUGAAGACUUUAAAUGAAAGACACGACUACGGACUAGACCUGCAGCUGCUAUCGAUCGACGAAGGCAUCAAGGGAUACAGAGACGACUCCCUUUUGGCAGUCGAGAAGAACAGAGUGGAGUACGGCCUGCCACUCACAAUCCUCAGUUAUCAGGACCUUUACGGAUGGACGAUGGACCAGAUUGUUGCGAAGAUCGGACAUAAGAACAAUUGCACAUUCUGUGGAGUAUUCAGGAGGCAGGCACUUGAUCGUGGAGCAUUCAAAAUCGGAGCCACGAAAUUAGUGACAGGGCACAACGCAGAUGAUAUGGCGGAAACGGUUCUGAUGAAUGUGCUUCGAGGAGACAUUGCCCGUCUGGAGAGAUGCACCAACAUUGUCACUGGGGAGGAAGGAGAUCUGCCACGUGCCAAACCACUCAAGUAUUGCUUCGAAAGAGAUAUUGUGAUGUACGCAAGGACCAAUCAACUGGAGUACUUCUACACAGAAUGCAUUUACGCUCCGAACGCGUACAGAGGAUACGCACGCAAAUACGUGAGGGAUUUGGAGAAAGUGCAUCCGCGGGCCAUUCUUGAUCUUAUCCGAAGCGGAGAGAAGCUCUCCGUCCGGAAAGAAGUUGAAAUGCCGACAUUGAAGACGUGUGAAAGGUAAUGCAUCACAGAAUUCAUAUCAAAAUGUAACGAACAUUCAGAUGUGGGUACAUGACAAGUCAGAAAAUGUGCAAAGCGUGUCUACUUAUCGAAGGUCUCAACACUGGAAACACAGACCUUGGAGUGAGGAAGACGAAGAAAACAACGAAAAUGACUGUAGUGAGGGAAGCAUCGCAGGAGGAAGGCGGCUGUGGAAGUGGAAAGGGAUGCGGAUGUGCCGGAGGAGCCGACGAAGAAAACGAAGAGACACGGAAGAAGAUUCAGGAUCUGCAAUUCUGA